GUUCUUUAACCUCCCUGAUGGUAUUUCCGAGUGUAGCUCGGGGUAAAGUUUCAGUACCACAAGCAGUAACCCAGAGCUACACCUGGGAAUACUAUGCAGCGCUGCUCCGGGAUCUCUUCUUCACUUACCUUGUCCUGCGCUCCCGCGAUGUGCCUCCUGCAGUGUUCCACGGCAAUGUCCUCCGGCCGAUGCCGGCAUCCGUCUUCUGGGUUCCGUUCCCUGCGACGUCAGGACGUACAGGCACGGAACGGUAGGAAAUUUUAAAAAAAUGUGAAAAAGUGACAUUCACUAAAUUCACUAAAAUCACAUAGUAUAACAUUACUGUAUCAAAGCAUUUCACAUACAU